UCAAUGGACCUGUACCUGCAUCACGCCUCCAAGAUUUGAAGCUGAAUAUUAAUAAAGGGCCGUGCUCAUCAAGAAUUCUUGCUCAAUAAGUCUUGCAGCUCUUUACACACACUAUAUAUAUUUGUGUGUGUUUUUGGUUGAAAUAAAAAAGUCAGUUAGUUAAAGUGCAAUAUAUACAAGUGUUAGUAAGUGUAGACAUCAGAGAUUGAAAUGGAAAGAGAAGAGACGCCGUCUGCGGCGGCGGUGGAAAAGGAAGGGCAGACGGAAGGCAGAACGGUGCCGUUUCACCGGCUGUUCGCCUUUGCUGAUCCUGUGGAUCAAGUGUUGAUGAUAGUUGGUUCAGUGGGUGCCGUUGGGAAUGGAGUGUGUAUGCCUCUUAUGACAAUCCUUUUCGGGGAUCUCAUCGACUCUUUCGGCCAAAACCAAAACAACGAUGUUGUUUCCGUUGUCUCAAAGGUUGCGCUAAAGUUUGUGUAUUUGGCUAUGGGAUGUGGCGUGGCGGCAUUUCUUCAGGUGGCUUGUUGGAUGAUUACCGGAGAAAGGCAGGCUGCAAGAAUUAGGAGUCUAUAUUUGUCAACAAUUUUGAGGCAAGAUGUUGCUUUCUUUGAUAAAGAAAGCAAUACCGGGGAAGUGGUUGGAAGAAUGUCUGGUGACACUGUGCUUAUUCAAGACGCCAUGGGUGAGAAGGUUGGCAAGUUCAUUCAACUAGUAUCAACAUUUGUGGGAGGAUUUGUGAUCGCGUUUAUCAAAGGAUGGCUUCUCACGCUCGUCAUGCUAUCAUCCAUUCCUCUAAUGGUGAUAUCAGGAGGUGUCAUGUCGCUACUCUUGUCGAAGAUGGCGUCUCGUGGCCAAGAAGCGUAUGCUAAGGCUGCAACUCUAGUUGAACAGACGAUUGGCUCGAUCAGAACGGUUGCGUCGUUUACUGGGGAGAAGCAAGCUGUGGCUGACUAUGACAAGUCCCUCAUCAAGGCUUACAAAUCAGGGGUGCACGAAGGGCUAGCGAGUGGGCUGGGGCUCGGAUCAGUCAUGUUCAUUAUAUUCUGCAGUUAUGCUCUGGCUAUCUGGUUUGGAGGCAAGAUGAUCUUGGAGAAGGGAUACACUGGUGGUGAGGUGAUCAACGUGAUCACCGCCGUGCUUACUGGUUCAAUGUCUCUUGGACAAGCAUCACCUUGCAUGUCGGCAUUUGCUGCGGGGCGAGCAGCAGCGUACAAGAUGUUUGAGACGAUAAAGAGGAAGCCCGAGAUAGAUGCAUACGACACAAGUGGGGAGAUGCCAGAAGACAUCCGUGGGAAUAUAGAGUUUAGAGACGUGCAUUUCAGCUAUCCGGAAGAGGUAGGCAGCACUGUGCCGUUUUACCGGCUCUUCGCCUUUGCUGAUCCUGUGGAUCAAGUGUUGAUGAUAGUUGGUUCAGUGGGUGCCGUUGGGAAUGGAGUGUGUACGUCUCUAACGGCAUUCCUUUUCGGGGAACUCCUCGAUUCUUUCAGCCAAAUCCAGAACAACGGUGUUGUUUCCAUUAUCUCAAAAGUGUCACUAAAGUUUGUGUAUUUGGCUAUGGGAUGUGGCGUGGCAGCAUUUCUUCAGGUGGCUUGUUGGAUGAUCACUGGAGAAAGGCAGGCUGCAAGAAUUAGGAGUCUAUAUUUGUCAUCAAUUUUGAGGCAAGAUGUUGCUUUCUUUGAUAAGCAAAGUAAUACAGGAGAAGUGGUUGGAAGAUUGUCUGGUGACACUCAGCUUAUUCAAGACGUCAUGGGUGAGAAGGUUGGCAGGUUCAUUCAGCUAGUAUCAGCAUUGUUGGGAGGUUUCGUGAUCGCGUUUAUCAGAGGAUGGCUUGUUACGCUCGUCAUGCUAUCAUCCAUUCCUCUAAUGGUGAUAUCAGGAGGUGUCAUGUCGCUACUCCUGUCGAAGAUGGCAUCUCAUGGCCAAGAAGUGUAUGCUAAGUGCGCAGCUAUAGUUGAACAGACGAUUGGCUCAAUCAGAACGGUUGCGUCGUUUACUGGGGAGAAGCAAGCUGUGGCUGACUACGAUAAGUCCCUCAUCAAAGCCUACAAAUCAGGGGUGCACGAAGGGCUGGCGAGUGGGCUGUGGAUCGGAUCAGUCAUGUUCAUUGUAUUAUGCAGUUAUGCUCUGGUUACCUGGUUUGGAAGCAAGAUGGUCUUGGAGAAGAGAUAUGCUGGUGGUGACGUGAUCAUCGUGAUCAUCGCCAUGGUUACUGGUUCAACGUCUUUUGGACAAGCAUAUCCUUGCAUGUCGGCAUUUGCUGCAGGGCGAGCAGCAGCGUACAAGAUGUUUGAGACGAUAAAGAGGAAGCCCGAGAUAGAUGCAUACGACACAAGUGGGGAGAUGCCAGAAGACAUCCGUGGGAAUAUAGAGUUUAGAGACGUGCAUUUCAGCUAUCCGGCUAGGCCUAAUGAGCAGAUAUUCAGAGGCUUAAAUCUGUCGAUUUCGAGUGGUCUGACAGUGGCUCUGGUUGGGCAAAGUGGAAGUGGGAAAUCAACUGUGAUAAGUUUGAUAGAGAGGUUUUAUGACCCUCAACAUGGUGAAGUUUUGAUUGAUGGCAUCAAUCUGAAGCAAUUCCAGCUUAAAUGGAUUAGGUCCAAAAUAGGGCUUGUGAGUCAAGAGCCUGUGCUUUUCACAGCUAGUAUUAAAGAUAAUAUUGCAUAUGGUAAGGAUGGUGCAACAAUUGAGGAAAUCAGGGCAGCAGCAGAACAAGCCAAUGCUGCUAAAUUCAUUGAUAAAUUGCCCCAGGGACUUGAUACCAUGGUAGGUGAACACGGAACUCAGCUUUCGGGUGGACAGAAACAACGAGUAGCCAUAGCUAGAGCGAUCUUGAAGGAUCCAAGGAUUCUACUGUUGGAUGAGGCUACAAGUGCACUAGAUGCAGAAUCAGAAAGAGUAGUGCAGGAGGCAUUAGACCGAAUAAUGGUGAACAGAACAACUGUAAUUGUUGCACAUCGGUUGAGCACAAUUAGGAAUGCCAAUAUGAUCGUUGUCAUUCACCAAGGCAAGGUGGUUGAAAAAGGGACACAUUCUGAACUAUUGGAAGAUCCUGAAGGUGCGUAUUCUCAGCUCAUACGCCUGCAGGAAGUAAACAGAGACACAUCAGAGCAUGUCAAAGGCAAAGAAAGAUCAGAAACAAGUGUGGAUUUGGAGAGAUCGCAGUCAAGUCGAAGGAUGUCACUCACACGUUCCAUGAGUCGGGGCUCAUCUAGCAGCCGUCACCACUCAUUGCCAUUCACAAUUGGCCUACCUGCAACAACACUAAACGUCUCUGAAUCUGCACUAGAGAAAUCAGAUCACGAAUCAUCUGAAAUGCAUCCUAAGGUCCCUCUCUUCCGCCUUGCCAAUCUCAACAAGCCAGAAACACCAAUGCUCAUAGCAGGAGCCGUCUUUGCCAUAAUAAAUGGCUCUAUUUUGCCAAUCUUCGGCCUACUACUAAAUAACGUGAUCAUAACCUUCUGCGAGUCCCCAAGUGAGCUGCGCAAAGACGCAAAGUUUUGGGCCAUCAUACUCAUGGUGCACGGGGUGGUGUCUCUGAUCGCAUAUCCAGCGAGGACGUAUCUCUUUGGCUUGGCGGGGAACAAGCUGAUUAGGAGGAUCAGACUGAUGUGCUUCGAGAAGGUGGUGAAUAUGGAGGUGGGGUGGUUCGACAAGGGAGAGCACUCAAGUGGGAUCAUCCGAGCAAGGCUGUCUGCUGAUGCUGCCACUGUUAGAGGUCUGGUCGGCGACGCGCUUGGGCAGAUAAUUCAAGAUUUGUCAUCAUUGGUUGCUGGGUUAGCCAUUGCCUUUGAAGGUAGCUGGCAGUUGUCUCUGAUCAUCAUGGCGAUGAUGCCUUUGUUUGGAGCGAAUGGAUAUGUACUGCUCAAGUUCAUGAAAAGGUAUAGCGCAGCUGCUAAGGCGAUGUACGAGGAGGCGAGCCAGGUGGCGAAUGACGCAGUGGGGAGUAUAAGGACGGUUGCUUCCUUUUGUGCGGAGGAGAAGGUAAUGGACAUGUAUAGGAAGAAAUGUGAAGGGCCUAUGAGCAUUGGGAUUAAGCAGGGAUUGGUUUGUGGAGUAGGUUUUGGGAUAGCCUUUGCCCUCCCCUUUCUGAUUUAUGCUACCAGCUUCUAUGCUGGAGCUCGACUCAUUGAUGAUGGCAAAGUCACUUUCUUUGAAGUAAAUCAGGUUUUCUUCGCUCUAGCCAUGAUGGCACAAGCAAUCUCUCUAUCCAGCUCUUUUGCACCGGAUUCAAACAAAGCCAAGGUUGCAGCAGCGUCAAUAUUCACCAUUCUCGACAGGGAAUCGAAGAUCGACCCCAGUGAUGAAUCCGGCAUCAAAUUAGAGAGUGUAAAGGGAGAGAUCGAGCUCAAACAUGUGAGCUUCAAGUAUCCGACCCGACCCGAUGUGCAGAUCUUCAGAGACCUCUCCUUAACGAUUCAUGGCCAAAAGACAGUAGCUCUGGUUGGAGAGAGCGGGAGCGGCAAAUCAACGGUGAUAUCACUGUUACAGAGAUUCUACGAUCCAGAUUCAGGGCGCAUAACCCUAGACGGCGUCGAGAUCCAAAAAUUCCAGCUGAAAUGGCUGAGGCAGCAGAUGGGGCUGGUGAACCAAGAGCCGGUGCUCUUCAACGACACGAUCCGCGCCAACAUAGCCUACGGGAAGGAAGGGGAGGCGACGGAGGCAGAAAUCAUCGCGGCAGCGGAGCAGGCGAAUGCGCACAAAUUCAUAAGCGGGCUGCAACAGGGGUACGACACGGUUGUGGGGGAGCGCGGGGUGCAGCUGUCGGGGGGGCAGAAGCAGCGUGUGGCGAUUGCGCGGGCCAUCGUGAAGAGCCCGAAGAUUCUGCUGCUGGAUGAGGCGACGAGCGCGCUAGACGCAGAGUCAGAGAGAGUGGUGCAGGACGCGCUUGAUCAGGUGAUGGUGAACCGGACGACGGUGAUUGUGGCGCAUCGGCUGUCCACGAUCAAGACGGCCGAUUUGAUAGCGGUUGUAAACAAUGGAGUGAUUGUGGAGAAAGGGAAGCAUCAGAGUUUAAUUAACAUCAAACAUGGAUUUUACGCAUCAUUAGUUGCGCUUCAUGCGACAUCCUAAUUUUUACUGAGUUUAUGCAAUAUGUAAUGCAUGAAACCAAGAUUUAAUUAGUUAAAUCAAAACAAAAUAGAACUUUUAUAAAGAUAAUGUACUCCAUUUGAUUAGACGAA